CUUUUGUAAUCUGGGGCAGCAUCACUACUCAACAUGAGGGAGUCGUGCAAGGUCCAGUAAUCCACAGACCAACAAUUCAUCCGUUAUCUGAGGGAGGGUCUUGUGAUUGAAGUCAAACGGAAGGAGGAUCUGUUUUGUAAGGAUUGCUACAAGUUAGCUCACUGGCUAAAGUAAACAGGCUCUUCAGCGGAGUUUUAACCAUUUUAACAGACUUGUUUUGGUGUCAGAUAAUCCAACGGAGCAACACAAAAGCACAAGGGGAUGGAGAAAGCUAAACAAGAUGCCUUUGACAACGCCAGACUUCAGGUGAUUAAAGAUGGCUACGAGAGGGCCUUCGAGUGCAUCAAUCUGGGCCUCACAGCAGACGAAGCCGGAGACAAGGCGCAGGCCCUGGAGCUCUACAAGCAGGGCAGGCAGCACCUGGUCAGGGCCAUCAGCGUGCCUUCACAGGGAGAGGAGUGUCAGGGCGGCUCCUGGGAAUCAGCCAGACAGAUGAAGCAGAAGAUGCAGGAGACGCUGGACAACAUCACCACCCGCCUGGCUAUACUGGAGACCAGCUCUGACCUCGAGUCGCCACCUACACUGAGCAGUGUGUCCCUCCUGGGUGCUAUGGACCGUCCAUCUGAAGGCCUGUACCCAACACUGCCCGCCAAACAGAAACCAGGGAGGCCAGCCCCACCAAAGCUACUUCCUGCGAGUGGCCCAGCUGCUGCAGGAGGAGGAGAACCUGCAGGCAGCAGCAGCAGCAGCAGCAGCGAGGCUCUUCCUCUCUCUCCCAGCAGACAGCCUGCGGCUCCAGCCGAACAGCCUCCUGCUUACUCUCCACAGGCGGCCGACGGCCACCUCUCCAUCUCGUACGGGACGGAAUCGGGGGAAAUGUCAGUGGUGGGGGAGGAGUUCUACAGUCGCACGUCCAACUCCACGCCAUCUCUGCAGAGUGUGGGCGAGGAAGGAGAGGAGCUCGUGUACAUCCCUCACGGCGUGCAGAUAUUCUUUGUCACACCUGAAGGGCAGGUGAGCGCCCCAUCCUACCCGGGCUACCUGCGGCUGGUGAAGUUCACAAGUGAUCACUCUGACAGAAUGCCAAACCGACCACCGGCGUUUUUGCAGGUGUGUGACUGGAUCUACCCUCUUAUGGCCAUGCAGUCUCCUGUGUUGCUGUGUAACACUGGUGUGUUCAUGUUUCCUGACAUGAUGGCUCCGGCUCCAGGAUAUUAUGUCGGGGUGGUGUUGUCCUCGGAGCUGCCUGCUGCAGACAGAGAGUUGUUCCAGGACCUGCUGUCCCAGAUGACAGAUCUCAGGGUUCAGGCUCCAGAUGAAGCUGCAGACACCAUCAAUCUCAGUCAGAAGGUGUCUGUCGCUGCACCCGAGGAGGCUGCACCCGAGGAGGCUGCACCAGCAGCAACAGAGGACGAGAAGUCUCUGCCGGAGUGGAGCGAAAAGGUGGCAAAUGGCAUCCUGACAGGGGCGUCCUGGCUAAGCUGGGGCCUGGUGAAAGGAGCCGAGUUUACAGGCAAGGCCAUCCAUAAAGGAGCGUCUAAACUCCGAGAGCACAUCACCCCAGAGGACACGCCCACCAACGUCAGCCCCACUGUCACCAAAGGCCUCCAUGUUGCCAAGCAAGCGACGGGAGGAGCUGUCAGAGUCAGCCAGUUUUUAGUGGAUGGGGUGUGUACGGUCGCUGGCUGUGUGGGUCGAGAGUUGGCUCCACAUGUGAAAAAACAUGGAGGAAAGCUGAUCCCAGAGUCUAUGAAGAAAGACAAGGACGGGCGUUCCAACAUAGAUGGAGCAAUGGUCGUGGCGGCCAGUGGAGUGCAAGGAUUCGCCACCAUGUGGACUGGUUUGGAGAUAGCAGCGAAGAACAUCACUACGAGUGUAGCAUCAGAGACGGUCUCCACCGUAAAGCAUAAAUAUGGAUCAGCGGCAGGACAAGCCACAGACCACGCAGUCAAUUCUGCCAUUAACGUCGGUAUCACUGCAUUCAAUGUUGACAACCUUGGGAUCAAAGCUAUGGUGAAAAAGACUGGCAAACAAACGGCUAAAGCCAUUUUGGAAGACUACAAGAUUCAAGAUCAUCCUGAGAACGAGAAGCAGGUGGAGAAAUCUGAAAAGUAGCCAUCUGUGUUCCCUGCCUACUCCCUCAGCAACGCCUUAAAGCAUCAUUUGUAUUCUUCUACCAAAUACUACUUUGUUUAUUAUUAAUUAUUUAUGAAGAUGUGCUCUAUAUUCACAAGAUAACUACUGUUAUAUAUAUAUAUCUUAUAGUUUCAUACACCUUUGAAGCACCUUAAUCAUUAUUUAUAAUAAGAGAAAUGGAUCCAGGUGAAUGAAAACAGCUUUAUUUUACUAAUCCAAAUGAAGCCUUUAAUUUCAGAUAUCAGGUACAUUGAUCUAUGUUGAUACUCUUUAACAUUCAGGUAGAAGACACCAAUAGAACUGUGGUUUUUAUACUAAGGAAGCUUUGAUUUUUAAUGGCGAGACACUGGACGUGUUUCCUAAUCUUUAUGAAGCUUCUAUGUGUUUGAGUUUUCCCUGUGAGAGUAAGUGCAAUUGAUAUAUUUUAAACAAGUUGUUAAAUAACAUCUGCAGUUUCUGCAGAUAGAAGAGAUAAAAAGAAGCAUCUAACUUGCCGCUGUAGUGACCUAAAUCACGUCUCCUCUGCUGCUGACUGCCUCAGAAUAUAUAAGGUUAACCAAAGUGUUUUUUAAAGGAGCUGCACAACAAAACUGACGUCUCCAGUUUGUAAUGUUUUUUAGUGAGACCUUUAAUAUAUAACUUUAAAGCUUCUGUCUCUGAAGUCUAAAACUGAUUGUCUUAUAGUGGGCAGACUAAAUCAUUUCAGUUGUUUUUCUGAAUAUCUUUAAAACGUUAACAAGUAUUUCAAAUUCAAUUCUAGAUAUUCAUAUUUCUAUGUAAGGUCAAGACGUUUCAAAAGAGUGAAUUCUGAAGUGUGAUGCAUUCUGUUUUAUAACCCAGCUAGUGUCUUUAUUUUUUUGUCUAAUAAGGUUUUUCUUUUAACUCAGUCUUUAAGACUUCAUCAGUUAAAUGUAAUUUUAUUAUGGCAAACACUGGAUUCAAGCAGAGAGAUCAUAAUUUGAAUAAUUUAAUAAAAUGAAAACAAAUAAAUGUCUUGCUUUUGAAGAAUUUACAA